CAGCUCAGCCGCCUUUAGCGCAGCGCCUCUCUCUCUGUAUCUAGCCUACACUCACACUCGACUACUGUACUGUGCUGUGUAGGCUACUGUGCGCUGUGAGUGGCUGCAUGUGUGUGGGACGGCUCCGCUUCACUCCUCUCCUCACUGCAGUUCGCACCACCGCACGCGUAUCCCGUUCGCUCCCAUUGCCUUUAAGCGCCGCUCGACGUCUGCAGAGGAGAACCACACUCCCUCACACACACGCACAAACACACACACACUCACACAUACACACACAUACAACUGACACGGUGUUUUCCCCGCACCGCACGCAUCCCCCACCGAUGGAGGUAGAUCUAGUUCCUACUCAGGCAGGGAGUCUAUAGCUCCCUCGGCAAAACUGCCUGCCGCCGUUUCCGAUGAGGAUUUCUUCAUGGUGAAGUUAAAUGUAUUUUUCCCCAUUUGAUUUUCUUAUCAACACAAUGUGGGACACAUACCUUUUAAUUCAGAGCAGCGUUAUCCGCGAAGAGCUCGGAAUCUUAGCGGCUUGACUGAAGGGGAUCCCGCCGGAGCAAUUCUUUCUCUCCUCCCGGUCGGAACCAGAGGAGUUUGCAUGCAAAAGGUGGUUUAUUUCGGCAAGCCAUGGAGGGACUUGUCUAAGGAGAAUCCAACAUAACUCCGAACAUUAUUUUAAAGAAAACAAACCGAUUUUUUCAGUUUCUUUCCUCUCACCCUCUUGGGAUAAGCCCGUUUCCCGCACCUUUUUACACCCCACGUACCACUUCCACGUCGCCGCCAUGGCCGAGAAGGUCGGACCCAGGACCCCGCUCGGCGGGUCGCGAGGCAACCCAGGGGUGACAUCCCUCCCCCCGGAGCCCAUCGAGAUCAUCCGCACCAAGGCCCGCUCCCGGAGGGUCCGGAUCAACGUGGGUGGCCUGAACCACGAGGUCCUGUGGCGGACCCUGGACCGGUUGCCCCGCACGCGCCUGGGCAAACUGCGCGACUGCAACACCCACGACAGCCUCAUGGAGGUGUGUGACGACUACAGCCUGGGCGAGAACGAGUACUUCUUUGACCGGCACCCCGGCGCCUUCACCUCCAUCCUGAACUUCUACCGCACCGGGAAGCUCCACAUGAUGGAGGAGAUGUGUGCCCUGUCCUUCGGCCAGGAGCUGGACUACUGGGGCAUCGACGAGAUCUACCUGGAGUCGUGCUGCCAGGCCCGGUACCACCAGAAGAAGGAGCAGAUGAACGAGGAGCUGCGCCGGGAGGCGGAGACGCUGAGAGAGAGGGAGGGGGAGAUAGAGUUUGAUAACACGUGCUGCCAGGAGAAGAGGAAGAAGCUCUGGGACCUGCUGGAAAAGCCCAGCUCCUCCCUGCCGGCCAAGAUCCUGGCCAUUCUGUCCAUCCUGUUCAUUAUCCUUUCCACCAUCGCCCUCUCCCUCAACACACUCCCGGAUCUCCAGGUGAUAGACGAGUUCGGCCAGGCCAAUGACAACCCGCAGCUGGCUCACGUGGAGGCCAUUUGCAUCGCCUGGUUCACCAUGGAGUACCUGCUCCGCUUCCUCUCCUCGCCCAACAAGUGGAAGUUCUUCAAAGGACCGCUCAAUGUCAUAGACCUGCUGGCCAUCCUCCCUUAUUAUGUCACCAUCUUCCUGACGGAAUCCAACAAGAGUGUUCUACAGUUCCAGAAUGUCCGCCGUGUGGUGCAGAUAUUUCGAAUAAUGAGAAUACUGAGAAUUCUAAAGCUAGCCAGGCAUUCUACUGGGCUACAAUCUCUAGGUUUCACCCUGAGGAGGAGCUACAAUGAGCUGGGCCUGCUCAUCCUCUUCCUCGCCAUGGGCAUCAUGAUCUUCUCCAGCCUCGUCUUCUUCGCCGAGAAGGAUGAAGACGCCACCAAGUUCACUAGCAUACCGGCAUCCUUCUGGUGGGCCACCAUCACCAUGACGACGGUGGGUUACGGGGACAUAUACCCUCAGACUCUGCUGGGAAAGAUAGUGGGGGGGUUGUGUUGUAUCGCCGGGGUGCUGGUCAUCGCUCUGCCCAUUCCCAUCAUCGUCAACAACUUCUCAGAGUUCUACAAGGAGCAGAAGAGGCAGGAGAAGGCGAUCAAGAGGAGGGAGGCACUGGAGAGGGCAAAGAGGAACGGCAGCAUUGUCUCCAUGAACCUGAAGGAUGCGUUUGCCCGGAGCAUGGAGCUCAUGGACGUGGUUGUGGACAAAGGAGGCGAGGAGGAGAAGCGCUCCGUGGGCCUGGACAACCACCUGUCCCCCAGUCCGAGGUGGGCCGGCACACCCAAACGGGACGCUUCUAGCGCCAGCCUGAGGUCCCUGGACAAGAAGUACCCCGAGACCAUCCUUCUGGGUUCCACCCACCGCAUCACAGUGUCCCCGUGUGGCAGCCCCCAGAGACGACUUCGGGGCAGCCCCCAGUUCCGCGGCAGCAGCCCCCAUUUCCGGGGCAGCACCUCACAGCUUCUCAAUGCCCAGAACCUCGAGCUCAUGUACAACCAGAUGACCAAAUCCCAGUCGUCCUUCAACCUUAACACCUCCUGUUCUGUGAGCACCAUCAGCACCUCCGCUGCUGCCACGGCAACGCCGGAGUCACCACAGCAACAGCAUCCGGGGUCCCCUCCCACUGUGGCCCCGCCCCUGAAGGAGGUGGAGCUGGAGAUGCAGGAACUGCCCCCCUCUUCCUCCACCGAGCCGCUGCUGAAGGAAUGCGAAGGAUCCCAAACCCUUUCCAGCGGGGACAGCUUGUUUAGCUUGGCUGCAGCUGAGUUCGGCAGGGGCUCUGGGCACCGAAGGAAGUUCCCCACGACUCUGGAUUUCCUCCCUGAAUCCAGAGUUGACGACAUCCAAAGUCCCCAGGACGUCGCUCUCCUCAAAGACAGCGGUUAUGACUUUGACCAAGAUGCUGCCACUCCAUCCCCCAGGGACGACCCGGGGGGCUUCAACAGAACGCCGGAGGACCUCUGCGGCUCCUUGAGAGGCAGCAUCCACCCCGUAGGCAUGGGGGACGAAGGGUUAAAGGUCAACUCCACCGACGCCCCCCUGACACCCCCUGGCACCGUGUCUCCUCACCGAGGGCCCACCGAGGGCGUGAUGUCGCUUCCCAUCUGCAGCACGGAGGGGCCUGCCGCGAGCAUGAAAGACAUGGCCAGCCCGCUGUCGGCUGAAAGACUGGUUCUAGUGGUCACCCCUCCUGGGGUUGAGGACCCACUGGACCAAGGCUUCCAGGGUCAGGGUUCACCCAACGAGGAGAAAGAACAGAUGGAGCCGGCAAAAGCGGAGGGGGCCGGGCUGUCGUCGCCGAAAACCCCCGCGGGGAACUGCACCCAGGGGGUGGGCAGCGCAAGCGGGGAGGACAAGGCCGACAGCAACCAAAGUGGACACAAAAUGGAGAACCACAUGUUCACACCCGAAAUCCAUCUGAUGCCGGGGGACGGGAGUCUCUCCCCUACCUGCGAAACCAGCAUGUGACUGCAGGGGGCGCCGUGAGAGAAAAGACCCACUGGAAUUGUGUUUAGCUAACCACACCGACCUGGGACCCACUGAACAGGACUGAGGGGAAUGAUGAGGAACUGGAAGGACCCAGGGACAUGUGAGAGAGUGGAUGCACAGGCGGUGAAACGGCAAGAGGUAUUUUUGCAUGGCAUGACAAGUCACUUUUACUUGCGUCGUCGUUUAGCGCUGAAACAGAGAUCGCAGAGUUUAAGCGGACCUGAGGGCGGAGGAAACUGUGACGGCUCGCAAACGAGACACUCACACGAGCAGAGAUUGUUUUUUCUAAGUAUGAGGAGGACAUUUUUGAUCCUGAUGUACAUACCGGGAACAUUGUUUCUUUUUUUCUAGCAACACUGAAAAAAUGCACAGAGGGACUUAUCUUUAAAAAGCAUGUAUUUAAAAAAAAAAAAAAAGGUACACUUUACGGUGCUUAUUUUGCUGAAAGUGCUUGACUGUAAAUACGAUGACAAUGCACAGAAAGGGCCGAAGAAUCCCACACUGGCCUGUUGGAACAGCACUGAUAAUUAGAAGAGAACGGGAGAAUGCAUUGACAAGAUCUCAAACAUGAAGUGUGUCCUAAAUGACAACCUAUCCCCUACAUAGUUCAAAGGUAGUGCACUAUACAGGGAAUAGGGUGUCAUUCGGGACAGACUGUUGCAACGUAGCCACCUAUAAGAAACAUAUCAUGACCUUUUGUGGAAAUGCAAUGUGUGGAAAGAAAUACAUGACAUGAUGUAAUGUUUUGUGUUCAUGAUGAGAUUAUGUAUGAACUGUGAUGUUGUUCACAUUAUUGUCUUUUGUUUCCGUUAUAAUUGGCUUUGGGGUUUUAAAAUGAACAAUGUCAUGAUCAAAAUACCUUAGGUAGUUGUUGACAGAAUAUGUCAUUAGUCAGGACAAAUGGCAAGGCUUCAGCCGCAAGCCAAAAAUGUAUUAAUACAAUUCUUUAAAUCAGCUUGGUUUUAGCAGACAAGAAAUAGAAAGAAUAAAUCUUUAGGUCAGUUGAAAUCCAACGCCAUACCUUCUCGCUUCUCAAUAACAUAAAACUGUCAUAUAUAUUCUUUAAUCUUACACAUCAGAUAAUAUGUAUUCUUCAAAAUGUAACUUUUAUGAAUUAAAAUACUCUGAGUACAAUUAAGUAGUUAUGGAUUAAAAUCCUCAAAAUAAAGUUGAGUAGACCCACCACUAGAUAAAAUAUAGAGGCGUUGUAAACUGUAGGCUAUUGGGUGAGCUCACAACUUAAUAACACGUUAUUUAUCAACCCAGGGCUUAUUUUGGUCCUUAGCUCUUGCAUAUGCUGUUCACACAGUUGCUCUUCCCUUUAGACAACAUCAGCCACAAUAUCUCCAAAAUGGCAUCCCACUUUUGACCAGAGCCCCAAUGAUUACAGUGAGAACCCUAACGGGCUCGGGUCAAAAGGGAAUGUAGGCAGCCAUUUUGGAAGCAACCAGUGAUAGCAUGUCCUAGUAAAAACCCUAGAGUAUUCUUUGUACUGUCAGUGGACCAAAAAAUGUAAGCAUAUUGUCAUGCUUAUCUAUGUAUCAGUCUGUCACUGCAUCCAAGCUGCUCAAUAAUUUUACCAGUGAAUGUGUGUAUGUCAGUUAUGUGUCUGUGAUAUCAUCGUCGUCACAUCCUCAGCGUCUUUCAUCAUUACUGUAUUAUACACUAUUGUUUAAUAUUACUGCUAUUAUUCCAAUCCUGUUAUUAUUUAUUGACUCAUUUCUUUCUUUGUAUUGAUUCUAGUGUCUUGGACUGUACAUGAUUGAGUUUUAAACGGGAAUUUCAAACUUUAAAACCCAAAGUUUUACAUCUACUUUCUCUGGUUGUUUUUCACAGAAUGAAAAUAUAUGUUAUUUUUAUGUUGCCUUUUGUUCUACUUUACUGCUGGAUUAAUAAUAUAUUGCUUUCGCAUGGCACUUGGCAGAGUAUAAUAAUAAUAUAAAGAAUAUUGUUCAUUUCCACCACGUACAGUAUAUUUAAAUGGUACAGAGAUGAGGAGGAAAAGAAUGAGGCCUAGGAAGAGGUUAGCAGAGGAGGCAAGAAAAAGAGGAUGAGGGGGAAGAGUGAGAUUAGGAGUUUCUGUUAGUUUAGAAAGAGAAUGAGAGGGAGAGAGAGGGAGAGAGAGAGAGAGAGAGAGGGAGAGAGGGAGAGAGAGAGAGAGGGAGAGAGAGAGGGAGAGAGGGGAGAGAGAGAGGGAGAGGGAAAGUGGAAGGCAGCAUUCGGUAAUCUAUGCAGGCCAAGAAGUCUGGCACUUUAUAUUUUUUUCGACAGAUUUUGUAGUGUACAUAAACUACUACUACUACUACUACACUUGUAUUUUUCAGAAGAUUCCUCUUUAAUAUAUUAUAUAAUGAAAUAACAACGUUAUCAUGGCCAAAACACCCACUAGACAAUUCAAACUGAAAAUGUAACAUCAUUAUUUUAAACAUUGUUGUGGCUGGCAAUGUGACCAGAUGCCAAGAAACGGCCAAUUAUAUUCUAUUUUGGAAAUAGUGAUCUGGGUCAUCGUUUUUGUUUAGCAUUGACAAAAAAAAAUACUUUAUUGAAUAUUGAAAAUAGUAUUUACUUUCAGUGGCCACUAACUAACAAAUAACUUGUUUUGUGUUUUUGUGAAUUAAUGUUGAGUAUUAUUAUAUUUUUUCUAAACCAAAAUCAAGAAGCAUGACCAUAAUUUCCUGCCAUAAUGGUCAUAAAUAAUGCGUGCCUUUUCAUAAAAGCAGUGUUUAUGAAAAGGUGACAAGUCCUUUGGCUUUGUUCAUAUUAUAGCGCUGUACAGAAAAUUCUAAUUUUUAUAGGAAAAAUAAUCAGGUCUUUAAGUAACAGAUACAAAUAAUAUUAUUGAGUUCUCAGGUCGACAAUCUAUCGAUGCUCGGACAUUUCAAUUGGAUCCAUUGGAUAGUUUUUAAAUUUUUAAUUUACAGCUAGUAAAUUAAUGUCAGCUAGUUCUGGGUAGUGCAUCUUUAAAGCUAUUUUUUUAAAUAUAAAUCUGCGUUGGUCUCUUGGUUACAGCAGUAAUUCCUGAAUAUCACACAACCCCAUCUUCACCCCACUCACCACCGGUAGAACAAAGAGAAAAACAUGGAAACAGUGCAAAUGUCCCACUGUGCUGCUCUUCUGCCAUUUAAAUGUGCAUACAUAUGUAUACAUGUAUCUGAGAAAGACUCUUCACUGAGUGUGAAGUGGCCUCAUAAUUAUUAUAGAGAGUGAAGUGCUCCGGGAGAAUCGAUUGCUCUGAUAGGCUUCCACAGAAGCACAGCCAAUGACAAGCCAGAUAAUGUAGGUCACUGGAAGGAGAGUGGUCCACUAGAAAAAGGUCAGGAAAAGAAGGGAGACCGUUUCAGGAUGCAUUAAGGGACACAAGGCAGUUUAUAAAUGAGAGUGGUCCUUGCGCAUAAGGGGAGACAAGGCAGUUUAUAAAUGAGAGGGGUCCUUGUGCGUAAGGGGAGAUGGGGCAGUUUAUGAAUUAGAGUGGUCCAUUUGUAAAGGGAGACAGGGCCAUUAGAGGGGAACAGUUACAGCUGACCCUGGGGAACACAGAUUCUGCCUUCCUUGCCUUCCCGUGCUCCCUGAACAGUGGCAAUCACUGUAUGCAUCAGUCACUGUACAAUCACUGUACAAUCACUGUAUGCAUCAGUCACUGUACAAUCACUGUACAAUCACUGUAUGCAUCUGUCACUGUACAAUCACUGUACAAUCACUGUAUGCAUCUGUCACUGUACAAUCACUGUACAAUCACUGUAUGCAUCUGUCACUGUACAAUCACUGUACAAUCACUGUAUGCAUUAACAAAGCACUGUCCUGACGAUAGUCACAGGCUAAAUGACUGGCAACUCUCAGACGAGCGCAUCGAAUCAUGUCACAAUGUUUGUCCAGUCGACCCUGAGAAUAACAAGAGGUUAGCUUGUUUGAAUCCCACUUAACGGGCUGUGGCAUGUUCUGUCUUCUGUCUCCUAUCAUCAGACUUCCAGAGAGACGUUUGUCUUUUAUGAUAAUUUUUUAAUAUAUUUUUUUAAUUAAUCAGAUAACUGUAAGAGACAGAGUGGCUCCAUGUUCUCCUCCACAUCGAAACAACCUCCGACCAUUUUGGUUCCUCUAAAUGUUCGACUUCUUCAUUAUUUUAUCGUCUACAGAAAAAGGAGUGUGUGAAAUCUUUCUUUUUAUAUCUCCUUUUCUAUCCGAAGUUUCCUUUAUUUCCUGUAUCUUCACUCGUGUCUCCAUGUGAGUUCAGGGUCAUCUUUCAUUUCACAGGCAGAGUGGCCAAGCAGCGAGGAUCUGAUCUGAGUCGGUACAGCGAUGCAGACUGAAAUAACGCCCUAUUCCCAAGGCGGUACACUACAUUGGUCUGGAACACUAUGUAUGAUGUGCAGAGUGAUUGGGGAGACAUGCCUGCAUGUGGGACUGUAUGUAGAUGUGGGAUUUAACUUUGUGACCUAUCGGCAGACGAACAGUGCAGGCCUGUCACACUGUAGCUUCAUCAUUCGCAAUAUGUCUUAUUUGAGGUGGAAUCAGGGCCGGUUCUAGGCAUAAGCGACAUAAAUUAUUGUUUAAGGCCCCUGUCUGCGAGGGGGCCCCAAACCUCUACGGAGCCCCCGACCUUUAGGUAAGAGGUGGCCCUAGAUAAAAUUCUACUAAGGGCCCCAAAAAGGCUAGAGCCAGCACUGGGUGGAACAGAUAAUGGUCUGUGUCUUCCUUUUUUAUGAGCAAAUGUUUCAGGACAGAUGAGCGGUUGUUUGACAUCCAUGCAUCAUUUCAUCAAAAUCUCUCCCUCUCCUUUUUUACACCAAACCCAUAAAUGCCUGUUUGUUCCUCAUGUCAAUGUGUAAUUAUGCCUCUUACUUUUUGGGAGAUUGUUAUUAAUCUUUUUUUCCCGAUCCAUUUCUGAAGGUCGUCAUUGUCAGUAGACGCCUCUUUGAGCUGCAGACUGUUUGAUAUCUCUUUGCAUGCAUGUUAGUGGUCGGAGCGAUCAUGUGACCACGGACCACUUUGUUAUUGAACACCUCUGUCAACAUUUCUGUAGUGAAUCCGCCUUGUUCCCCAUUGAGUCUACUAGCAAAUGCAGGAUAAGAAAUAAAUGUAUAGAACUCUA